UGAACGCAGCAUACGACUUUUAUUCUGACAGACGAUGACGUCAACGUACCCGGAAGUAAAGAAACCUGACGUUUGCGCCUCUGAUUUCUCUUCGUUAUCUUGAAGAUGAAUCGGGUUAAACCUGAAGAUGAUGAAUACUGGAAUAGCUCCAAAUUCAAAGCUUUCACCUUUGAGGAUGACGAUGAUGAAUUUACCAAGCUGAAAGAAUCCAAGCGUGCGGUGAACAGCAUCCUGGUGGACGAAGAUGACGAUGAUGAUGAUGAUGUUGAAAAGGUCAGCUGGAGUGGAGAGCCUAUUGGAAGUAUAUCCUGGUCGGUCAAAGAGACUGCCUCCAGCAUCCGCUCGGGUGGAGAACAGAGCUUUCCAAAAAUCAACGCUGCCCCCUCGUUACCAAAACAAGGCUCUGUAUACUCCUUAAGUUCUUUGUUCAGAGGAAAAAGCAGGCCUUCAUUUUCUGAAACUUUUACUGAAACGUCUGCAAGAGUGUAUGCUCCAGAAUUACGCAAACCAAAGUCAGACUGUAAGGACUAUAUAAGUGAUUGGAGCCCUGAAGAAACUAUAAGAAGGAUGCGGAAAGGAAAGGCAUAUUCCCUGGAAAGGUUUCGCUCUCUACAGGACAAACUUCUGCUGCUGGAUGAAGCGGUCAGCGCUCACGACGGCAACAUCAUCACUGCUGUUUUAAUAUAUUUAAAGAAAUCAUUAAGUAAAGAAAUCCUUUUCCGGGAGUUAAUGUUAAGAGAAAUAGCUUUACGGCAUUACAUUCAUUAUCUGAAGGAAAUGGGAGAGCAGAGGCUUUUGGUGGAGUUGAUGAAGUCACUCGGCAGAACAGAGGAUAUGGCGGUAAUGCAGUACAAGGAGCAUAUGAGCAUUAAAGACGAAGGCGAUAGAAGAGACUUCCUCAAAAAAACUCUGAGUCUCCCUUUUUCUCAAGACGAUGCCACCCAUGUUCAAGACCACUACACACUCUUGGAGAGACAGAUCAUCAUAGAGGCUAAUGACAAGAAGGGUGAAGCUGAGAUUUUUAAGAAAUACCCUAGAAAAGCUUCUAUUUUGAACAUGCCCAUUAUCACUACACUGUAUUAUGCCUGCUUCUACCACUAUGGAGAGUCAGAGGGUACGUUCAGCAGUCCGGCUAACAUCCGAAAAACCUUCAGGAUUUCAGAAAAGCAGUACAUCCUGACGGCACUUGGAGCUCGGGCAAAACUAAAAAACUGGUUUGAUGUGGACAGUUUGUUCAACACCAAGACCUGGCUGGGUUACACUAAGAAAAGAUCCCCCAUCGGCUUUCACAGAGUGGUGGAUAUCCUGCAGAAGAACAGCGCUCCUGUUCAGGUGUUGCAAGAGUACAUAACCCUGAUCGAUGACUCUGAACUGAAGCUCGGUUUGGCUCAGAAGUAUAAAUGCCACGACGUUGUCAUCGAUACCUACAGAGACCUGAAAGACCGUCAGCAGCUGAUUGUGUACCAGAGUAAAUUGGAGCGGGGUUCGCACGAGUACAGGAGGAUCAACGAGCUCAUUAAUAACACUCAAAUCCGAUGGAAGAACUGACAUUUGGAGAGAAGAAGAGAUGUUUUAUACGAACAUUUUGAUACGAGCGUGCUCAGAGGCUUCAGCUGACACAGCGUGUGCUUCAGAGGAUCGUCACAGUGAAGGCUGUUACAGUAAUGAAGCAGCCUCGGGUUUCAGCCACGAUGCAAUGAAGCACCUCAGCCAUGGCAACUAGAAGAUUUUUUUUUUUCAUUUGUUGUUGUUUUUUUUAAUUAUUAUAAUUUUUGGAUAUUUUCCUGUAAUUCAUUAUGGCUAUUGAGGUGCCAUGUGUCCAUUUGCCAAUAAAUUCUGAACCUGGUGUACAUAUA